AGUGAAGACGUAACUGUCCAUUUAAAAUCAUUUCCCGAUGGCCCUGGUGUCUGUACGAGAUUUUGAGAAGCGCGCUUCGGAAAUUAUUCCACUACAUGCACUAGAUUACUAUCGAAGCGGAGCCGGAGAUGAACUGUCCCUCCGGCUGAACCGCAUCUGCUUUGACCGGCUUAGGAUUCGUCCACGUGUGUUGAACAGUGGUGCCUCGAGAGACAUGACGGUCCGACUAUUCGGCGAUGAAUAUUCCAUGCCAAUCGGAAUUUCACCAACGGCCAUGCAGCGGAUGGCACAUCCUGAAGGGGAAGUGGCCAAUGCAAAAGCCGCUGCAAGUCGGGGUGUCGCAUUCACACUCAGCACGAUUGCCACUAGUUCGAUCGAGCAAGUCGCUGCCGGAACACCGAAAUCACCCAAGUGGUUCCAGUUGUACAUUUAUAAGGACCGUAAGCUAACUGAAAGUUUGGUGCGCCGUGCGGAAAAAGCAGGUUUCAAGGCCGUCGUUUUGACGGUCGAUGCUCCGAUGUUUGGACUUAGACGACCGGAUAUGCGAAACAAAUUUUCACUGGCACCUCAUUUGAUAUUGGCUAAUUUCGAAGGUCGCCAAGCAACCGGUGUUCAGAGUCAGGGCGGAUCCGGUAUCAACGAAUACAUUAGAGAACAGCUAGAUCCGACGCUGUGCUGGGAUGACGUCAAAUGGUUGGUGAAUUUCACCAAGCUGCCGGUGGUUGUGAAAGGCAUACUAACCAAGGAGGAUGCUCUUAUCGCGGUUGACUUAGGUGUACAGGGCAUCUGGGUGUCCAAUCACGGCGCCAGGCAGCUGGAUUCCGUACCAGCUUCGAUCGAAGUUCUGCCGGAAAUUGUAGCUGCCGUGGGUGACCGCACCACAGUUGUCAUUGAUGGCGGCGUCACCGAAGGCACCGAUGUAUUCAAAGCGAUUGCCCUUGGCGCCAAGAUGGUACUCUUCGGUAGACCCGCCAUCUGGGGAUUGGCAGUCGAUGGGCAACAAGGAGUUGAACAAAUUCUAGACAUUCUGAGAAAAGAGCUAGAUCUAGCGAUGGCUUUCGCUGGGUGUCAAAGUGUGGCUGACAUCUCGAAAAAUCACGUAGUGCACGAGUCGUACUAUGCUAAGCUAUAGGGAGAUGUUGAUUGCAUAUUGAAUAAUAUUUGAAUAUUCCCAGUUAAAAUUUACAGCAGAAAUCAUAAUAAAAUUGAUUUAAAUUUAGUGAACAAUGAUUCUCACUAAACACUCAAUUCAAAUAUACUCAAAUAAUAAUAUUCAAGCCAGAAAUUGAAAUUGAAUUGAGUGUUGUCAUAUUUUUAUUAGUAUAAUUUGCUUACUAAACGAUUAUAAUUUUCAUUGUGUGUUAUUCACUACAACAAAAUUAAAACUCAGAGAAACUAAACCUUUUUUGGCACCAUAACUUAAUAAUCCCAUUUUACAUACCUAUAAGUACACGCAAUCUCAGGAUUGCAAAAAUUUACGGUACAAAAUAAAUAUCCGUGACAAUUUUUUCUUUAACUUCUAGUGAACUGCAUUUGGCAACUAAUGAAUUAUAGUAAACGUAAUCACACAAACAUACAGUAAAUGCAAUUACGCAAAAAUACACGGAAAUUAUGUGUAGCGACACAGGACGGUGUUCAAACUUGAAGGGCUGUAUAUUUUGGGGGAGUCGAAAAAAACGAAAAAACUUUUUUUGUAUGUAAAGUAGGCGCAAAAAGACUCAAAGCUUGAUUGGAUUUGAACACACGACGACUGGUAUCUUAGAGGUUACUGCUUACUUAUACAUCUGAGAAAAGCAACACUUGAAUGUCGAGAGAGUUGAGAUAGUUUUAAACUAAUAAAAAUCAUUACAGCACCAUUUGAGUAAUAUAAAUGUUGAGAAACAAUAAAGACGCUCGGAAUAAUUAAUAAACAGAUACCCAACUCAA